AUGUCACUCCCGAAAACAUCCGCACCGUUAAGCUCCGUAGCAUCAUAUGAGCGAACAAAAUCAAAAGUAUCUGCAGUUAAGGAGAUGAAAGGACUUCCAGAGAUAAGAGAGAAAAAAAAUAUGGUGGAUCAUUCCAAACCUCUUCCUAUACCCCUUCAGAAUGAGUUCAUCCCUGAGGAGGUUCUGCUUUCUCUCUCCUAUGCAACCAGUGCUGGUCCUUGUCCUGAAAAUCUGCUUCCUCCUAAGAAAGUUAAAACCACAAAGGGUACCCUUCCGCGUGUUGUAGAUCAUGUCUGGCAGCACCCUAUUCAAAGGAAUAAAUUCAAAUACCUGAUUGACCAUCCGGUCUCCCUAACCGGAGCUGCAAGGGAUAUUUCUUUUUUGUAUGAUGUCAAAUAUGUAAAAGGGGAGACUAGAGAAAAUGUACUUUGUCCCCCACAUGUUGGCCAUUCAUUACAAUCCAAAGAUGAUCAGGACAAACAUGAUGGAGUCCUCAUGCCUCAUAAGCCAAAGAGAUUAACAGACACUUUAAUUCCUGAAGAAUUUCACAUUGUGUCAAAUACAGGAGUUUCCGGUUUGGAGUGCUACGAUGACAAAUAUACUACUCUUCUCACAGAUAGUGAAAACAGACUGUUGCUCUUUCCAUCCAUGAAACCCAAUCGAAGAGUGGAAGUGGUCCAGCUCAAUGAAGUGAUGGAUACUAUGCUAGAGAGGGCUGGGGUAGAAAGUGAGGAAUACACAGGACCAACCAAGGUAAUUGCGAGAAUCAGUGUAAUCAGUGUUUCAGAGCAUGGGCUCUGGAGGCAGAAUGCCUGGGUGAGAAUAAUAAUAGAGGUGCCUAGAAAAUGCCUGGCAUGUGAUAAAAUCAGAGAGAGAUAUGUGCAAAUGCUUGACCAAAUUGCCAGGCAGAUGAUUGAAUUCUACAAAGACUUGGUAACUCAGCGAAUGAUGGAUCAGCGCAUUUUAGAAGAAUUGUAUAAUUUCAAGAAUGUUAUUGAGGAAUUGACCAGGGAACUGUGUUUGGUUCGGUCACAUGAUAUGAAAUUAACAAAGGAAGCAGAGAAAGCCCACAAGGAUUUGGCCCAAGCUGUUUUAGAUGCUGAAAAGAAUGCCAGGUGUAAUACGAUGAACAGCAAAGCGACCCUUGGUGUCGUAGAUCAGACGGAAAUGCUCUCCUGUUUUGUCAAUGCUGAUGACAUCCAUAAAGCCAGCAGGAUAGGUUAUAUCAGUUCGGACUUUGCCAUCGAUCUUAAUGAAGUGUUGCAUGCAAAUCUUCUUUACUUCUUCUCCUGUCAGAGCAUACUUGAAGGAAAAGACAUUCUAUCUCCCAGUAAGAAAAAUAUGUUUGAUUUGGUUAUUUCAGACUUCAAGCAGUGGCAAAGGGAACUAAAUAAUGAGAAAGAAAAUUUUACUGGAGAUAUCCUAGUAUCAAAAUAUGAUACUCUCAAGAUUAUUAAACAUUUACAGGAAAGCUGGGCAGAUAUUGGAACAGGAAUACUUGGUCGCCACAGAAGUGUUGAAGGAAAAAUGCCAGCAGAACAGCAAUACUUGGUGGAAAUAUUAAAAAACACAGUAAAACUCUACAAAGAAUAUGAAUUAAGAAUAAAUGGGGACAAUGGUGUGUCUAAAAUUAUUGCAAAUUUGAUUGGUUCCUUUGACUUCUGUUCUUUCAAGUUGGAAAACUCCCUGGAAAAAUCUGAGAAGUAUUUUGAAGAAUGGGAUGGAGUUAAUGAAAAAAUCAAUGAAAUGAAAACUCAGUUGGACUCAUUGUUAACCAUGCUGGGCUCUGCUUCAGAGUUCACUGACGUGGAUUCUGCCUCGGUACACCAGGCGAAUAUAUUUAACAUGAUUCGACAAUGGAUUUUGAACCUAAACAAUGAAAUUCAGAACAGCCAUACUGAACUUCGACGCCACAUGGAUGAGUUGCAUAUAUCUAUGAUCCAGUGGAUGGUAAAUUUGCUCAUUAUAAUGAUUCCUGACUUUACUGGCCAUGACACUCUCCCAAAGUUGGAGGAGGAAAGUACUGAGAAACAUGACAUGGGAAUUGCACAGUUAGAACUAGAUGCAGUUGUACUGGCAAAAAAGUUGUCUCAAGAUACCAGCUAUUUGAGCAGCAGCAAGAGGAUUCAGAGGGAGCUAGCCGACAUAACUCUAGCCUCUCCGCCCAACUGCAGUGCUGGUCCUAAAGGUGACAACAUCUGUGAGUGGAGACCUACCAUUCUAGGACUCCCAGGAUCUGGGUAUGAAGGAGCCCCGGGGUCCAACGUCUCCUCCCCCUCCCCCUCCCCCUCCUCCUCCCUCCUCUCGGCCGUGGCUCCGGCUCGGGCUCGGGCUCGGGCUCGGGCUCGGGCUCUGCGCGGUGACGGCGACGGCGGCUUAUUUGCAAAAGAAUGUUAUGAAUGGAUCAACACAUGCUCUCUCCUCCUUUCUGAGCUCAAAGACAAAAAAAUGAAAUUACUGACAACUGAAGAAAAAGAGAAACUACUUGAAGAAGAGGACAUUAUAAAACAAUUAAUUGAUCCUGAAGUAGACAAGCCUGUUCAAGAGGAUGAAGGGGAAAAUGAGGCUAAGCAACCUCAGCAGGAAGAGGAGGAAGAAGAGAAAGUAGAAGAGAAACCUUCAACAUCUACAGAGAAGGAAGAAGUCAUUCGAUUUAUUGGAGAAGAUGAAAAUGUUCAUUCCAAACCUCUAUUUGAAGCAGAUGCCUUGUCUUCCUGGAGAGAAUCAGCUAACCAAGGUACGCUGACCCAAAAGUAUCUUGAAGCAAUGACUGUAAUUGAACAUAUGCAGGCAAAGCUAAUGGAGGUUGAAAGCAGAGCCAGAAGGGCAGAAGAAAGGUUUGAGGAUGUAAAUGAAAAGCUUCAUUAUACUCUCAUAAGAAAUACCGAUCUGGAGAAGGAGCUAGAGGAAAUGGCCUUUAAGCUGAAGCCACAGUCUGAAAAGGAAGAGGAAGUCGAAGAAGAAAAAGCAGAAGAGGAGAAAGAAGACAAAGAGGAGGAUGAAGAGGAGGAAGUCAGGCCAGCCAAAAGUGUUGUAAAACCUCAAAAGAAAGAGGCACCACGCAAAUCCAAAACCCGGACUAAAUCCAGUAACAAGCCCAAGCCCAAGUAGCAUCCGUAGAGCACAGGGGUUCACAGUGGCUGCAUCCCCUGAACAUGCCAGACAUCGCUGAGCUGUGGAGCUGACAACAUGCCUCCCUUGAGGAAUUCCCCUGGCAACCACUGCUAGAAAGGCCGUGGAAGACAACCCAAGAGCUUUUUCUCUCAAAAAACACAGCAGUGGCUAAGGGACUCAGUGUACUAGUUUACUUCCCAGAUUAAAAACAGUUUAUGAAAAGGUUUGCUAGCCUCUUUGAUUGGUUUCCUGAGAGAUCUGUGAGAAGUGUUGGUUUCUGUUAAGAAUGUUUUUGGAAGACUUUGGACCCUGAACAAAAAAGUGUUAAAUAAAAAGCUUAAAUGUUUUCAACUCAGAAAAGCGGAUCCAGAUAAUACCCUUAGGUUUCUGUAGCAUUUUUAGAUUUCUUCUGAUUUCAGACAUUCGAUAACCCUACAAAUAGGAGAGGGAGAUACUGCUCUCCCCAUUUCUAAAAGGAUGACAGCGAGGCCCAGGACAGAAGAUUUUCUGAAGUUACAGAGCUGAUUGGCAGCCAGGUCCCCAAAGCAUUAGGCUCCUAGACUGUUUGGCUGUGGCAAAGGGGUACAUGGUCUUGGCUCACACGGCUUCCUUCACAGGGCCUGUACUGGGGGAAGACUCACCCUGAGUCUCCUUUUUUUUUUCCUUUUAUUACCUACUUUGUCUGUUCUGUUAAUGACCCUACAUCCAUAUAGUCAUGAGAGAUGGACUAACCUCAAAAUAAGAUAAAUGACAAAUGUUUAUGCUGGGCAGUCACUCACCCAGGGCCACUGCCUAAGCUGUACUUUACCUCUCUGACUCCAAACACUCCUGCUGCACUUGUUCUGGCUCCACACAUCUGGAAUUCCCUUGGUUAUCUCCUGGAAUGUGAGGCUUUUACUCAUUCAGCCUCAGAAGCCACCUAUCUCUAGAGCUCCCAGCUUUAUUUAUAUCUUUAUUUUUUAUUAGUACAUGUUUGCCAUACAUAACAAUCCCAUUCAUGGUGGGGAAUUGGUACCUGUACAUAAGAGAUCUUAAUUGUUUCUUCCCCAUUCCCCUCCUUUCCCUUCAAGCCUUCUUCCUUUCCCCAUUCAAAAAACUCUAUUACCAUUUUUUCUUCCCAUAUCUUUUUUUUAAAAAAUCCCUUUACUCUUCCUUCCCUCCUAUUCCCCCCUCCCUCGUUCCAGUUUGCAUCUGAGUUCUUACUUCUGCAUACCUAUCCUGUAAUUGCCUCUUAUUUACACUUUGGGAGUCUCACGCAAGAGAAACAAUAUGAUAUUUAAACUUGUAUGUCUGAUUUAUUUCACUUGAGAUUGUGGUCUGGAGAUGUAUCCAUCUACCUAUAAAUGUUUCAAAUUGAUCCUUUAUGGCAGAAUAGGACUCCCUUAUAUAUAAAAGCUACAUUUUCUUUAUCCAUUUCCUUUAUCAUUUGUUGCUCCUACCAACAAUGAAAAAGGGUUCCUCUUUCCUCACAGCCUCACCAGCAUUUGUUAUUGGUCGAUUUCUUGAUAACAGCCACUCUUCUGGAGAUG